AUGGCGUUAUCCCAGGAUGCGCCGUUCACAGCGUCAGUUCUUGCUUCCUUUGGUCCCGCUGCUCCCUCACGGGCCAAGGAGAUCUUGAUAUCCCUGAUCCGUCACCUCCAUGCCGUGUGUCGGGAGGUCAAUCUCACAACCGAAGAGCUGUAUAUCGGACUCGACGCUCUCAACCGCUCGGGACGCAUGAGUGAUGCGAAACGAAAUGAGACACUGCUCAUAUCCGAUUGUCUCGGCGUGGAAGCUCUAGUGGACGAAAUCACGCACAGGAUCCUCGCAGAAGAGGUGUCCACCAAUUCUUGCAUCCUGGGUCCUUUUUAUCGAGCCGACGCGCCUGCCUAUGAGAACGGCGACAGCAUCAUCCAGAAGUACCUCGGCGGCGAAGUUACUUGGUGUCACGGCCAGAUUCUUGACGCCGAUAGCGACAAGCCCAUUGCUGGCGCGAAACUGAACGUGUGGGAAUGCGCGGCCAAUGGAUUAUACGAUCAACAGGAUCCAGAGCAACCUGACGGAAACAUGCGUGGGAUAUUCACUUCAGACCACGACGGUCGGUACGGCUUCUACUGCAUCAAACCGGUUCCCUACCCGGUGCCGUAUGACGGGCCUGCAGGCGAUAUUCUGAAGUUGAUGGACCGUUCGCCGUUUCGGGCCGCACACAUUCAUUUCAUGGUCGAGAGCGAAUCCCGCCGUCGGCUCGUGACGCAAGUGUUCCCCAGCGACGAUGCGUAUCUUGAUCGUGACUCUGUAUACGCUGUCAAAGAUGACCUGAUUAUUCGGUUCGAGCCUGCGGGCCCAGAGGCACGGAAGGGACGGGGUGUGCGCGGUCUGCAGAGCGAUGUCAAGUGGGAGGUGAAAUACGACUUUCGCAUCAAGAAACGAUGA